AUGGAUCCCUUCAAGCAAUAUCUUAAUAUCCUGAAAGAAGAUGUCGCAUGGCACAAAUUCGUCGACGAUGGCCAGAAAUGGCCGCCUAACGUGCGUGACCUACGUGGCGAACUACUCACAGAUUCUCGGCGGGUUCCAAGUUGGGUAACGACGGGUCCCUAUCCUCCCAUCGAUCCUCGAGCGGAACCCCUGCUGGAGGAAUUGCAAAACACGUUCAAAUCGCAUGCAGGCUCACUUGAGGACGUGGCCUUCGAUCAGCAAUUACAGGGCAUGUUCGGGACCCUUCUCAGUGAUUGUGCCAGACUGCGGAAUGUUAUUUCAUCCGAUAGUCUCUGUGGCAGCGCCAAUCCGAAGGAAUCAUUCCUGAUUGUUAUGAUAUGCAAUGCGAUGUCCUCCGUGACAGCAGAUUUUUCCAUAGAUGAAAAUGUUUUAGUCGCCUUGCCACGCUAUCGUGGCGGCGGGCUGAACGUGCCUACCAAAUACAUGUCCAAUGGCAUCCAGGUACCACUUUUGAUGUCUGUGUUCGCGGAGAUCCCCGAUGAUAACUCCAAUGCGGACGGAUCUGAUGUAAUGGCAACCGAUGCUGAUACUGAGGAGGCUGACUCUGACGCAGAGUCGCACAACCCGGACGCGGAGCAAGGUGAGGACGAACCCCGUGAACCAUCCGAACCUCCUCGGCCGGAUUCGGUCGCUUCACCUAUGUCUAUGUCGACAUUUCUCUCCCUAUGCGAGAAGCCGGUUCUCAUAGAGGAAAGCGCUAGUGACUCAGAAUCUCCUUAUGACCCCCAAUCACCGGCGGAGCUGAAUGCACACAUCCUCGUGUAUCCGCCAUCUAGAAGACUGCCUAAGCGAUGCUCUCUACCAUUUCUGUGCGCUGCGGAGGAAGACGACCUACCCCUCGUGAUGAUGGCAAUUCUCUACCAGCGAUAUGUGUGGAAGAUCUCCGAGCCUGUCGUUGGUGUCGGGUUUUCCAAGUAUCAUACCUCCAUUUAUUUCUACAUCGGAUGGUUGGACGGGGAUAUCCACAAAGAAGGCUCAUUACCUCGUGUACAUCUUGGUUCCUUAGGGCGAGACGGGUCCCUGGAUCUGGCCUCGCUUGAUGGGGCAUUUGCACUGUGUCGUGCUGUGUUGGCCUUGCAAGGACUAGCGGAGCAAAUGUACAGUGCUUCCCGAGCUACGGCGACACAGAUAGCGGAGGAAAUAAGGGAUGAUUCCGUCUCUAUGUGGCGUCUUGAUACAGUUGGAUGCGUCAACGUGGUUGAAUCAAAUCCAGACCAACACGACAGGAUUGCAGCGUGGGCACAAGGCCUCACGUAUAAAACCUCCGCGGAGAUGGCAGACACGAUGGGCCCCAAAGCUACUAGAUCAACAAGAAGAAAGGCGAAAGCUGCAGCUCCCGAAAAAUCCACAUCUUCCGCCUCUGAAGGCUCUUCCAGGUCAGCGUACUCUAAGGAUGCUAAUCUGCCGGUAAUCUCGAUUCCGCAGGAGGAGAAGGACAAGCAGGAUGAGCAGAGUCAAGCCUCAAACUCUCUGUACAACCCGAUGUCGUGCUCAACAUUUGCUGGUGAAGCAGCUAAAAAGGGAAACGGUGGACUCGUGUACAACUACCUCUUCAACAGACGCGUUGUUUUGUCUUCAACGUGCAGCAAUGCCAAAAUGCUGAACUUGUGCGAAUCUUUUACCGGAGAUGUCUGGCCAUUUAUUUGGAGCUCACUUGGAGACGUGCCUCGUGUUGAUAGAUCUCUAGAGCCCUUUAGACGAGAGUUGUUCGAACAGGCACAAGAACAAUAUGCACGUAAGGCUCCACGAGAUGUACCGAAGGAGAUCCUUCCACUGUUGGAAAGCAGCUUGUCAUUAAUUCUCGCUGCCACGAGACGUGCACAGAGGAAAGCGCGUUCAGUGAUUCCUCCUUCCGAGUCAGUUUGGCGCCAUGAUUUCGACGCGCUGAUUUUCGACUUCUUCACCAAUGCAUUGAAUGGAACAAUCAGCUUGCAUGCGAGAAGCCAGGAUACUACCGGCGUUACGGAUCCUACAAAGGCUCUUCAACUCCCGGAAGAUGAUAGGCUCAUCCCGUCCACAGAGCGGACGAUAUCUUUACCGAGAGCGACGCCAUUGAAGAGCUCUUUUGCCCCUAAGGUUUAUUCACACAUAGCCGAAGGUGUGCCCAAGGAUGAAGGACCUUAUGGCGAGAGGCUGAUGAAAUGGGCAAGCGGUGACGGGCAACGCUUCCGAGCCGCAUACGGUCAGGAAAUCAAAGACCACAUGAUCGUACAGUCUCAAGCAGCGGCUUGGGUGACGCGCGGCGACGGUCCCAGCAAUGCACCCUAUCGUGGAAAAUGCGAUGCUCUCGGGACGCUCUCAGUCGACCUUCCCGUGCGACGCGAGUUGCUGGAAUCUGUGCAGUUGGUGGUUACAAGCCAGCCCAAGGAGCCCUAUGUAGUGGACAAGUACGAAAGCAAGCACAUUCAAACGGAGACUGCGGUGCUAGCGGACACCCAGCGCCAGACGCAGGAUUCCAUUGACAACUCUUUUCUGACCGCCAAUCCUACACCACCGCCCGGGAAUAUGCCUCCUUUCCAUGACGAGUCACCAGAGACUCGAGAUUAUGCUAUUGCUUCCAGUUCUUUCUGUGAUACCGACCUUCUGUAUGAAAAUGCAGAGGAAUAUCUAGAGUCGAACCUCAAGGUGAUUUCCGAACGAUACGAAACACUCACGGCAGGUCAGAGGAAGAAUGCUAGAAUCAAGAAUCCGGUAUCUAUUCUCGAGCUUCCCGUGCUAUUCAUGGAAUACAAGAAGCAGGAUACGGACAUAGCGAAGGGAACAAAUCAGCACAGAAUGUAUUGCACAGCGGGGGCUACAAACUUGGAAGUAAUGGGGCUAGAGGAAAUACCUGUCUUCAGCGGACUCACCGAUGGCCCAAGGGUUACGCUUGCCACAGCGUGGAGCAGCCAUGACAUAAUAGAGAUAUUCGAGCGGCACACUCGUACCAUAGACAUCUCGACGGCACUGGGAGCCUUCCGCUUUGCCAGCAUCCUGGCAAGACUUGCCAUAAUUCAUUGUAGGGACCUCGAGAAGCGCUUUGGUAAAGUGUCUAAGGAUCUCCUUCGGAAACUCGAGGCUCGUGAAUUUGACAAUCCUGAUAGCAAGUUGCAGUGGAAGCAGCCACCGCCUCCUCGACCUAAGUCACCCAAAUCUGGAGAGGCCGGAACGCGGUCCGCACGGGUACCGGAACCAGUCCAGUGA